AUGAAUUAAACUUUUUAAGGGAAGGAAUUUCUAGCUGACAUCUUUGCUUAAAUUAAAGGUGUAGAUUAACAAAUAUUUGGUGUCACUUUAGAAAUAUUUCGAAAGGAAAAAGUUUAAGACUGCAUUGGAUAUCUUUCAGAUAAUGGAAAUCAAAGACAUUUAGAGUAAUAAAUCUUACAAGGACUUAAUUUUUCCCAAGUUAAAAAUGAAUAGAAAUUGUAUUUUGUGAGAAAAGACAUGAAAUAAAUGACAGACGUCUUAAUAAAAUUAAUAGAUCAUGGCUUCAAUAACAAAAACUAUUCUAGUGAAGGAUAUUUUAAAUAUAUACAAGAUCUAAUUAUAAGCAUAAAUAAUAAUAGAUAAAUCAUUGAAUUUUUAUAAUUUAUAGUUCAACUCACAUCCAUUGAUAAUAAUUUAAUUUAAUGUGGGUCUAAUUCAUUAUAUAUCUUAGUUUAAAUGAAGAUUGAUAUUAGAAACAAAAAUUUUGAAAAUAUUAAGAUCUAAAAUACUUCUUUAAUCGGAUCUAAUUUUGUUAGGUGUAAUUUAAGUGGAUCAGAAUUUGAUAAUGUUAACAUAAAUGGGAUGAAUUUGAAUGGAGCAUUAUUAUUUAAUUGUAAAUGGAAGAAUUUGAAAAUACAUGAACUUAACAAAUUAGAUGGUCAUAGUGAAUGUGUGAGGUCGAUCUGUAUUUCUCCUGAUGGAAAUACAUUAGCAUCUGGUAGUUCAGAUAAGUCUAUUCGUCUAUGGGUUAUAAAAACAGGGUAAUAAAAAGCCAAAUUAAAUGGUCAUACUGAGAUUGUCACUUCAGUCUGUUUUUCUCCUAACGGAAAUACAUUAGCAUCUAGUAGUUAUGAUAAUUCAAUCUAUCUCUGGGAUGUUAAAACCAAAAAAAAAAUAGCCAAAUUUGAUGGUCAUACUUGGUGGGUAAACUCAGUCUGUUUCUCUCCUGAUGGAAAUACAUUAGCAUCUGGUAGUUCAGAUAAGUCUAUCCGAUUAUGGGAUGUAAAAACUGGAUAAUAAUAAUCCUAAUUAGAUGGUCAUACUAAUUGUAUCAUAUCAGUCUGUUACUCUCCUGAUGGAAAUAUAUUAGCAUGUUGUAAUCAAUCCAUUCGUCUAUGGGAUGUAAAAACUGGAUAAUAAAAAUUUUAAUUGGAUAGUCAAACUUACACUUUCGACUCAGUAGGUUUUUGUCCUGACGGAACAAUGUUCGCAUCUGUUUGUUCGGAUUGGUCUAUCCGAUUAUGGGAUGCAAAAACAGGAUAAUAAUAAUCCAAAUUAGAUGGCUAUACUAGAAGUAUUAUGUCAGUCUGUUUCUCUCCUGAUGGAAAUACAUUAGCAUCUGGUAGUUCAGAUAAGUCUAUCCGAUUAUGGGACGUGAAAACAGGAUAAGAAAAAGCCAAAUUAGAUGGUCAUACUAGCACUGUUAUGUCAGUCUGUUUCUAUCCUGAUGGGAGUUCAUUAGCAUCUGGUAGUGAAGAUAAGUCUAUCCGAUUAUGGGAUAUCAAAACAGAAUAUAAAAAAAUUGAAUUAGGUGGUCAUAGUGGUAGUGUUACAUCAGUCUGUUUCUCUCCUGAUGGAAAUACAAUAGCAUCUGGUAGUGAAGAUACGUCUAUCCGAUUAUGGGAUGUAAAAACUGGAUAAUAAUAAUCCUAAUUAGAUGGUCAUACUAAUUGUAUCAUAUCAGUCUGUUACUCUCCUGAUGGAAAAACUUUAGCAUCUGGUAGUUCAGAUAAGUCUAUCCGAUUAUGGGACGUGAAAACAGGAUAAGAAAAAGCCAUGCUGAAAGGUCAAAGUCAUUGUAUCUCCUCUGUCUGUUUCUCUCCUGAUGGAAAUACUUUAGCAUCGGGUAGUCUAGAUAACUCUAUCUGUUUAUGGGACGUAAAAACAGGAUAAGAAAAGGCCAUGCUGAAAGGUGAAAGUGAUUGUAUCUACUCAGUCUGUUUCUCUCCUGAUGGAAAUACAUUAGCUUCUGGUAGUAACCAUCCUAACCGUUUUCAAGGUAUUUAAUCUAUCCACUCUAUCAUUAUAUGGGAUAUAAAAACAGGAGAAUAACAAGUCAAAUUGAAUGGUCAUACUGAUCACGUCAACUCAGUCUGCUUCUCUCCUAUUGGAAAUAUAUUAGCAUCUGGUAGUAAUGAUCGCUCUAUCAGAUUAUGGGAUAUAAAAAAAGGAUAAUAAAAAGCUUAAUUAAAAGGUCAUAUUACAGUUGUCACUUCAGUUAAUUUCUCUCCUGAUGGUAAAACAUUAGCCUCAGGUAGUCUAGAUAACUCUAUUCGUUUAUGGGAUGUAAAAACAGGAUAAUAAAAAGCUAUGCUUAAUGGUCACACUAAUGAUAUCUAUUCAGUCUGUUUUUCUCCUGAUGGAAAUAUAUUAGCCUCUGGUAGUGAUGAUUAGUCUAUCCGCCUAUGGGAUGUCAGAAAUGAAAAAGAAAUUUCCCCCCUUGAUAAAACUUAUAAAGAUAUUUUUGCUCAAUUUAAAGCACCACUUUGUUUAAACAAUCCUUUUUCAGGUAUUUAAUUUUUUAAUGAUUAUUUAGAUUUUAAUUAUUCAAUUCUAGUAAUAUCCCAAGAUAUAAUAUUAGAAACAUAGGGGACAUUUUUCUUGGAAGGGAAAUUCAUUAACCAUUAAGGGAAAGAUUUAACAUCAUUAUUUCAAUCCAAAAAAAGUUACAUUUUGCAAAACAUCAUAUUAAAGUGA